GUGCGGGGCGGGACCGGGCGGCGGGACCAUGCUGGCCCUGGAGCGCGCCCUGCUGAGGGGCUUCCUCAGCGCCACGGAGUCCCUGGAGUGGAAGCAGGGCGAAGUCGCGGCCGCAGAAAGUGGAUCAUUAUUGCAAUUGAUGUUUGAUGGGAAGUAUGAGGCAAUAUUUUCAAACUCAGCCAUUCAGAAUGUUUUCAGUGAGUCUUCUGUGACAGAGGAGAACAUUGACACUUACCUGGAGAAACAGAUUCUAGCAUACCUGGAUUGUUCUGCAGAGGUUGAUAACGUGGAAAGGCAGAGGCUGAUGUUUCUGCUUGGUGUGGGGAGUUUGCAGCUCUUUGUUCAAAGUAAUUGGACCGGUCCUCCUGUUCAGUUAAAGCCUCAGGAUUUUCUGCCGCCUGCAUUGUUACAUAAAUUCUGUGAGCCAAAGAUGCUGCAUGCAACUAUUCUGAAGAUGCUGGUUCUAGAUGGUGAAUCAGUCUAUACCUUGACUUCUCAUCCUAUUUUGCUGCUUAUAGCCAGGAUAAUCCUUGUGAAUUCAAGACACAAACUCGCAUCUCUCCAGACAUUACCUUGGUGGACUCUAAGAUGUGUAAAUAUUCACCAGCAGUUGUUGGAGGAGAGAUCACCUGAGCUAUUUACUCUUGCCCAGACCUGUAUAAAACAAGGUCAAUAUCACCACCUGAAUAGAAGACAGCUGCAAGGAUUCCAUGCUGUUCUGAAGCAGCCAUUAUGUAAAACCAGUUGGACUUGGUGCAGGUUCCCAUCUCUUUGGCUGUAUGCCAGACAUGUGGCAGAAGCAGAAGCUUUGUUCACAGAUGGUGAAAGCUGGCACUUAGCAGUUCAGUUCCAGCUUGAGUCUGCCUAUACAUUUUUGUUUUACUAUGAGUAUAAAAAAGCUAAACACUGUUUCAAUAUGGCUAAAGACAUAACAAAACUGCAAAUUAACCUUACAGGUGCUUUGGGGAAGAGAACACGAUUUCAGGAAAAAUAUGUUGCACAGCUUAUUUUGGAUGUCCAAAGAACAGAUGGAUUCCUCCUUCCUCACAGUGAGCUAAGUCCAACUCCAACACCUCUAGAAAGCUUAACAAUAAAUUAUGAUUUAAAUGAUGACACAGUGCUUAAUGAGAUAAAACUAGCAGAUGCUGAUCAGUACCAGGUACCUGAUUUGUGUGCAGAGGAGCUUGCUGUAAUCCUUGGAAUAUGUAUAGACUUCCAAAAGAACAAUCCAAUACACAAAUUAACUGAAGAGGAACUUCUGGCUUUUACUUCAUGCUUGCUCUCCCAGCCGAAGUUCUGGGCCAUUCAGACAUCAGCCCUACUCCUUCGGACCAAACUGGAGAAAGGAAGCACUCGCAGAAUGGAACGGGCAAUGAAGCAGACUCAGGCACUUGCAGACCAGUUUGAAAAUGCAAAUACGUCAGUAUCUGAACGCAUGAAGAUUUUCUACUGUUGUCAGGUGCCUCCCCAUUGGGCCAUACAGCGCCAGCUUGCAAACUUACUCUUCGAGCUGGGAUGCACCAGCUCUGCCUUACAAAUAUUUGAGGAGCUGGAAAUGUGGGAAGAUGCAGUAAUCUGCUAUGAAAGAGCAGGACAACAUGGAAAGGCAGAAGAAAUACUCAGGCGGGAGUUAGAGAAGAAGGAAACACCGGGAUUAUACUGUUUGCUCGGUGAUGUUCUUAAAGACCACCACUAUUACGAUAAGGCCUGGGAGCUUUCCAGGCACCGCAGCGCCCGCGCACAACGCUCCAAAGGCCUCCUCCAUCUCCGCAACCGGGAAUUCAGGGAAUGUGUGGAGUGCUUUGAACGCUCAGUGCAGAUCAACCCUAUGCAGCUAGGUGUAUGGUUUUCCUUGGGCUGUGCAUACAUUGCUUUAGAAGGCUACGAAGGUGCUGCCAAAGCAUUUCAGCGCUGUGUGACAUUGGAACCAGAUAAUGCUGAGGCCUGGAACAAUUUAUCAACUGCUUAUAUCAGAUUAAAACAGAAGAUCAAAGCAUUUCGAACCCUUCAAGAAGCUCUCAAGUGCAACUAUGAGCACUGGCAAAUAUGGGAGAACUACCUUCUCACCAGUACAGACAUUGGAGAGUUUUCAGAAGCAAUUAAAGCUUAUCACCGGCUCAUGGACUUAAGAGACAAGUACAAGGAUACACAGGUGCUGACUAUUCUGGUCAGAGCGGUAGUGCAUGGUCUGGCAGAUCGUGCUGGAGAGGUAUCAAGUGGAUUGAAGGGGAAGCUACAAGAGCUCUUGGGCAGAGUCACUUCACGAGUGACAAAUGAUGGGGCAAUCUGGAGACUUUAUGCCCAACUUUAUGGAAAUGGAGAGAAUGAUAGUGGUGAAGAUAUUGAAAAGUCUCUGCAGUGUCUCACUAAGGCGCAUAAAUGUGAAAUUCAAUCAAGUGACUGGGAGAAAGAUGUUUCUUCUUUUAAGGAAGUGGUGAAAGGAGCCAUAGAGAUUGCACAUGUGGCUAUAAAAUGCAGCAAGACCAAAUCUAAUCGUCAGGAAGCUUUGCAGAUACUUUCUUCAUCUCGGCUCAACUUGCGUGGCUUGUCAUCCAAGGCAAAGCAACUUUUCAUAGAUGUAACAAGUAAUGAGGUACACAGUGAGAUAGCUGAUGAGGUGACAGCUAUGGACAACAUGAUUGCUGAACUUCAGGAGCUGAGCAACCAGCUGAGAGACCAGUGCUGACAUAUGGACCAAAUUUCGGGACAGGAUGACAAGAAUGACAUGUUUCCGUUGCCACCGCUUUUGCUGAUGAAAUGGUAACAAUUCUCAGCCAACAGCACUCUCAAUAAACACUUUUCUGUACA